AAUAAUUGCAUCAAAAUGAUGUUCAAUGGGCUGUUUGUGUGCGGAGAUUCCGACACGAGCGAUUUUGCCAAAGAGAGUAUCGGUGCGUCUAGCGGCACUGGCAGCGGUGUCAGUGAUGGCACUGGCGCCAGCGAGCAUUGCGCCACCGAUUGCCUGCAGAGCAAGCUGCUUUCCACAAUGCGGAUUUUGGAGAAUAAGGAGGAGACGAUCCGCGUGCAGGCGCAGAGUCUGGCGGUAGCGCAGCAGAGGAUCGCCGCGCUCACCGAGCGCGCUGAAUACUACCGCCGCCAGCUAGACCAGAGCCAGCAGUCGCCGCGAUGUCCAGACCCUCGGCCGGUGCACACGGCGGACAUGUGUAUAAACACGGACAUGCACCAGGAGGAGAUGUGUCAAAAGAAGAUCGUGUCCACUCUGCGGGACAAUCUGUCCGUUAUUGAGGAACUGUACAGGGAAUGCUUUUAUGAGACAGCAAAGCAAGAAGAGUUAAUAGAUUUACUUCGUAAGUCAUGCGCAGAUGUCAAGUCUAUGGAGAGACACAAAAGUGAGCAGAUUGGUCACUUGCAGCAUGUCGUUCACAGUCAGAAAUGGUCUCUCGAUAAAUGUCAGGAUAUCGCAACGGAAGUGGAGACUUUGAAAGCGGAAAUAUCAAAUUUCCUCAACAACUCCAACCACGACUCGGGCAUGUGGGAGGCGCAGGGGGUGCAGGGGGUUCAGGGGGUGCGCGGCGAGGAGCUGGCGGCGGACGUGCAGCAAGUGGCCGCACAGCUGCUGCGCCUGCGGGACCUGCUCGCUCAGAGUGACUGCAUUUGCGGAUUGAAGGAAGAAAACAUUAAACUACGUCAGAGAAACGAAGAGUUGGAGGUAACAGACAAAGAGUUGCGGAGACGAGUUCAGGAGCUGGAGAAAGCUCUGCAGGAUAAAAACAAGGAGAACGAAAAAUUCGAGCAGCAACUCGACGUGAAGGAGCGAGAGGGUCGGCACAUGGCGCAGCAGGUGACGGUGCUGCGGCAGAAGUACAUGGAUCAGGUGACCACGUGCGAGUCCCACACCGCACAGUUGCAGCACUGUCAAGCGUCGCUGACGAGCAAGUGCGGCGAGUUGGAGCAGCUGCAGCGCGAGGUCGCCGAGCUGCGGGAACGGCUCAGCACGGCGCAGCUCGCCGCACAGCAAGAGGGGGAGGUGCGCGAGGAGGUGCGCGUCCUGUCGCGUGCGGUGUGCGCCUGGCGCUCGCAGCUGGCGACCUGCCAACAGCGCAUGCGCCGUCUGGAGGUCGAGCUGCAGCAGGCGCGCGAACACUGCGACCAUCUCGCCGAACAUUACCGGGAGAAGGAGGGCAGCGUGGUGCGGCUGCAGCAGGAGCUGGAGGAGGCUCACGGGCGCGGCGCGGCGCUGUGCGGGGAGACGCGCGCGCUGGUGGCCGGCCUGCGCUGCUGGCUGCGCAGACACCGGGAACGCAUACGUGAACAAGAGGAUAAAAUAAGCGAGCAGGACGAGCUGAUCCGCGCGCUGCAGCUGUCGUCGCGGGGCGCGGCGGCGGGCCCCGGCGAGGAGCGGCCCUGCUGCUCCCGCGCCCGCCGCCCCGCCGCGGAGGAAGCGGGACGGGACGAUGGCGCCGCGGCGCGCGGGAGCGAGAGGUCCGCCUGCAACGAGUGCGAUGUGCUCCAGCAGACGAGCAGCGCGAGAGCCGCCGAAGUCCAACACUAUUCAGAGUAUUGCCGCGCGGAGGGACAGAGAGGCCCGAGGCGAGACCCCACGAGUGGAAGCGAGACGACGAACCGCUCGUUCCCGCCUAAACCACCCAGAAGAGUCUUGAAGAAAAAGAGACCACCGUCCAACGCAGACUGCAACUGGUUGCGGUGCGAGGUGGCGGUGCAGCGGCCGGUGCGGUGUGACGCCACCACUGACGGCAGCAGUGCGCAGUGCGCCUCCCCCGCGUCCCCCGCAUCCCCCGCCCGCCGACUGCGCAGCGCCUCCUGCGGCCGCGACACAUCCUCCCUCUGCCACUGCUGGCCCACCUCCGAACGGAACCGCGAGGUGUCCGCCGCGGAGGAGCUGCUGGAGCGCGUGGAGGGCGCCCGGCACGCGCUGCACGACGCGCACGCGCGCUGGCGCUCGCACACCGACACCAGCGCGCGCGCGCACCGACACCGACACUGA